AUGCAUGAUGUAAAGCUCUCAGGGCCAUCACUUCCACAGAACCAAAGGUUCUCACUUGCAGUAUUUGCAAUGACCCCAGUUUGUGGAGCCAAAUUCAGCUUCACCAAUCAGCUUGCCCAACGAUAUCCAAUGGCGGAUUCCAUGUCCAAUCACCCUUACACAGACCCAUGUAAACCUUUUCACGUGUUUCCUUUCCCGUCGGCUUUGCUGACCAUCCCCAAAGACAUCUACGCCAGUUCAGAAGACCCAGCGGAUCCUCAAAUCCGAUGUUCUGCCUGCAACAGCCGCACGCUGGCGGAUUAUCGAGGCCACAUCAAAACUGCCGCGCAUCGUGCCGCUGUUCAGCGACGUAUCGAGCGAGAUGCAGCCGACAAAGUCAUGCUUCGUUCAAUCCAAGCAAACCACGAUGAUCGCAUGGAAGACCAAGACCAUGAUACACCAGAGCAACAAUACAUUGAUCAAGAAGACCCUCCGGCACCUGAUUCACCCAAACACCCGCUCACUCCUCUCUCUUAUCUUCGAGAUCUACACGGCACUGGGAUUUCCGAAGGAUCAUCGGACUCCGACCACUCGGAUAACAUUUUGGAUUUCCAAUUGCUUCGUCAAGCCUUAGAAGCAAUGAACAACCUGGGUGACCAUCCCGUCGAAGACCAUCCCGUCGAAGACCAUCCCGCCGAAGACGCAGACGAGAACCCCGAGGAGAUGGCCUUAGACGAUGAUAUACUUGAUGUGGAUCCAGCGGAUUUGAAUGGGUGGUAUCCAUUCGCAAAUAAAGAGGUUGUCUCAAUCUGGAAGCCAGAAAACGUGGCUUCUUCAAAAUCCAUACCAAUCCUCGCCAAAUUCACCAAGGGACGAAUUGUCCCUUUUUAUGGCAUGCGAGAGUUUAUCACCUCCGAACGAGUCUUUCCAUGUGACAUAAAGGUGAAAGGCUGUGGAAUCCCUCAUCAAUAUGCAGCACAAUUGUCACGAUGGUGA